CAGUGCCACCUGUCACUGUCCAUCAGUGCCAGCUGUCAGUGUGCCCAUCAGUGCCACAUCAAUGCCACAUAUCAGUGCCUACAAUUGCACAUCAAUGCCACAUAUCAGUGCCCAUCUGAGCUGCCUUUCAGUGUCACCCAUCAGUGCUACCAGUCAGUGCUGCCUAUCAGUUCCAGUCAAUGCCGCCUAUCAGUGUGCAUCAGUGCCGCCUAUCAGUGCGCAUCAGUGCCACCUAUCAGUGCCAAUCAAUGCCACCUAACAGUGCCAGUCUGUGCCGCCUAUCAGUGCCAUAUAUGAGUGCUGCCUUUCAGUACCCAUCAGUGAUGCCUGUCAAUGCCCAUCAGUGCCACCUACCAGUGCCUCCUCAUCAGUGCCCCCUAUCAGUGUCCAUCAGUGCAGCCUAU